AUGAGGCUUUCUUGGCUUUUACCUAUCUUGCUCAACGUUGGGCCAAGCCGGAUCACUCCGGCCGAUGGCAAGGAUGUCCAUCGUGGUUAUGAUUGGCUUCCGCCCAUUACCGCCUACAGACCCGAGCCCAUUGCGAUUCAGGUUGCUAUUCCCCUAACUGCAAACCCCAUCAUCGUCGAGUCCAUCCUCGACUCAUUCGACUCAAAAGCUCGACUAUCAUUGGUUACGCCAGAUGUGAUAGCGUCACCCCCCGAGGCAGUGCCGGUGCCCAAGACUCGCGUCCUUGGGAAAGAAGCGCUGGACCAGUUGAGUCCCGACACCUUACUGGUACCCCAGCAUCAUCACCAUCACCAAGAUGAAGAGCAGGCACAGGCGCCGACGCCCAGCCAAGACCCCUCAAGCAGCGCCAAUGAGCCGAAAGCCCCCAUGCCGGCGAGCAAAGCCCUCAUGAACAUGAGUGCCGGACUCGCCUGCGUCUUGGUGGUGUUUUCUUUCUUAUGA